GUCACUCGUGAUCGCGGGAUCGGUCGUCUUCGUUGAUUUGCUGAUCUGAACGACGUGUUUAGACUAUCGGUUCAGUUGUGAUUUUAAUUUCUUCCACCAAAAUGGAUACAACUAGUGCCCACCCAACAGGAACACCAUUGCCGGAUUCAGUUACCAAUGCGUUGAUGAGUAUUCGACCACGGUAUAACAGCUUCCAUCAGCACAAUGGCAUUCCUAACAUGCCGGGAAACAGCUACAGCCAAAGUCCGAAUUCGAGACAGGAUGGAACAACCGGGAACCCGUCGAAUCAAAACACUAGCAACACCGUACAGCCAGCCACGACUAGUGUGAUCAAUUUAUCAAACUCCAGUGACGUUGUGAUCGGACCGAUGACGCAGUAUCAAGGUUCCGUUACCAUCUACCAGUAUAUGGAUGCAACCGUCGAAGCCAGCCGGAUUGCAUCCGGUCGCAACAAUCAAAACAGAGGCCUCCCGUCGCCGGAACAAAGCUCGGUCCUUCGACAGGAACGAUACUUUCUGUAUGGAGCCCUGAUACUGCUAACGAUCAUCGCUUUUUCCACGGCUUUGUACUUCAUCAUUCAUCAAAUGCAGAACAGUGGCAAUAUUUCUAGUCAGCCCGAUAUCCUAUUUGGAAACAAUUAUGCUUCGGGAACUAUUCCGAACCUUGGCAACGGCCACCUAGUCAUCGACCGUCACAACUGGGGUGCCCAGGAAACGGUUCGCGGGCCUUACCCUCUAAUCUCUCCAAUACCGUACGUAUUAAUCACUCAUAUCGGAGUUCAGUCCAGUCCCUGUUUUGACAUGUACAAGUGCUCCAUCAAAAUGCGAACCAUUCAAGAUGCAGCCAUUGCUGAACAGGGUCUACCGGAUAUACCAAAUAAUUUCUACCUCGGAGGUGAUGGCUACAUCUAUGUCGGACGAGGUUGGAACAUUGCGAAUGCUUACGCCAACCAAACUCUAUCAAUCUGUUUCAUGGGAGAUUUUGUGCGCCAUCAACCAAAUGAAAAUCAAUUUUCAGCACUAGAUCACCUACUGGCUCAUGGUGUUGCUGAAAAUUAUUUGGCCAAAGAUUACAAACUAGUUGCUCAUAACCAGACUAAGGUAACCAAAAGUCCUGGACCAUACGCAUAUGCCCGGAUUUCGAAAAUGCCUCGCUGGGUACCUUGCACCCUGAAUAGUAGUAACACCUGUGGAUCGGAGAUCGGAUUACCUUCUGUUUGGAAACAGGACUACCUCAAAAAAAAUAUGACUACGAAAAUAUCAACAAACCAAGCCGAAGAUAGUUAUUCCAAAGCUUGCGAAAGUGUUAAACCAAUGGCUAAAGCUAGAGAUCAACAAAACACUUCAUCGCAUGACCCAGAUGCAACCACGCAGUCUUCCUCCGUCUCAGGAAACUACCCUAGUAAUAUUACUGAUAGAAAUAAGACAGAUCAAGUGCUAGAUAAGAGCGAUAGUAGUAGCAGUCAAAACAUAUCCAUCACCUCAAUUAAUGAAAACGACAACGAUUCGAGCACCUUCGCGAGCAGCGACAGUGAGUGUGACGAUGAACAGAUUAAGAAAGCCAUCGAACGAAUUCCGAAUGCACUCCAGCCGGGACAGUUGGUACAGAAUGGUAUGCUGGUUGUGAACAAUGAUAACAGUUCACCAACCUCCAGCCGGGCUCCCAACAUCGGCAGUAUAGCAGUACAAAAUUCUUCCGACAUUACGUUCGGCAAUAAAACCUACAUCAAAGGACAGGUUGUGAUCAAAAAUAUUUACCAAGAUAGACCGAAUGGGGUUGUUAAUCCAGGAUACCAGGAAGGCAAUGAAAUAGACGGUGAACUGGCAACAACAAAACAUAAAACAGAAGAUUCCAGCAAACGAAGCCAAAAUUGGCACUCUAGUCUGAAAGUCAUAAUCAAGGACAAACCCCUAUUGAGUGUAGCAAUCAUUAUCGCACUAAUGGUUAUCAUAGUCAUCAUCGUGAUCGUGCCGUACGUCGUAACAUCCACAGGUAAACAUAACUUAAGGCCACACUACGGCGAUGGCGACGAUGAUCGGGCGAACGUCCCUCCAGACACUGGCAUAGACCAGGACUUCUUACCGGAUGCAAAGCCACUUCGAAUAGUCACUCGGAACGAAUGGUUAGCCCAACCGCCAAAAGAAGAUUUGGAUCCCCUGAAACUCCCGGUACAUAAGGUUAUCAUCGCCCAUACGGCCACCGAAGGAUGUACUACUCAGACAGCAUGUAUUUAUCGCGUUCGUUUCAUCCAAGAAAGGCACAUAUCUUCAAUGAAUCUCGGUGAUAUUGCCUACAAUUUUCUUAUUGGCGGCGAUGGUAAUGUUUACGAGGGUCGAGGUUGGCUUAAAGUAGGGGCUUUUUUACGAGGUCAAAACUCAAGGAGCGAAGGCAUUGCCUUCAUCGGUGACUACCGGCGAUUGCAACCAACGCAAGCACAAAUGGAAACGCUUGAUAUUUUACUGAAAAAUGGCACAAAAACUAGAUAUUUGACAGACAAAUUCAAGUUAUACGGGGCACGACAGUGGGAACCAACCGACAGUCCAGGCAAUAUGCUUUACAAGCGGUUGGUUCAACAUCCAAAUUGGAGUGACGAGCUUGUUUCACAAUGCGUAUUUAUGACCAGUAAUAUCCAGCAGUUCCACAUGGCAGACGAUUCAAAAAAUUUCUCCGAUAUUGCGUACAACUUUCUAGUUGGUGGGGACGGAAAUGCCUACGAAGGACGAAAUUGGAACAAAGAAGGUGCCCAUACAAAAGGAUUCAACAAGGACAGCAUCUGCAUUGCAUUCAUCGGGACUUUCAUCGACGUCAAACCACCAGUCACACAGCUAAGUGCGGCUCAGCAACUUUUAGCAUUGGGUCUAGAGCAAGGUAAACUUGCCAAGGAUUAUAAACUUUUCGGUCAUCGACAGUUAGCACCAUUCGAAAGCCCUGGUCGGUCGCUAUACAAAAUAAUUCAAACAUGGCCACACUGGUCGAAAGACCUGGGCCCGAACCAUUGGGUAGAAUAACAUUCAUACUCCACUAUAAUGUCGAAUAGAUGAAAUGAGCUCAAAUGUGUGUUUCUCAUACAAGUUGCAAAAUGCUGUGAUUCGGUCGAAUAGACUUUUUUUAGAAAUUUAUAUAUUUUGCCAUUAAUUACUAUAUUUACUGUUUAGAUUAAGACUUUGCAUACCGUAAAAUUAUAUGUCGAACUUAAUGAAAUGUAUCAAGUGUUUCAAAACGACAUUUAAAAUUCUAAUAAAAAAUCGAAAACCGAAA